AUGUGUGUAAGAUCUGUUUUAAGCGUAUCAAUUUACGAUAGAAUAUUGUAUAGAGAAGUGUUAAAGACACGUGUAAAGUUUAUAGCAGUGGAGGGUGCACGCGCGACCUUGCUACAUGCGCUUGCGAAGCGUACGGAGCGCUGGGUGGCGCGGGCGCGGGACGCGGUAAUAGAAAUGUGCGAGCGCAGCGGUGACGUGCUCGCUUAUCAGCGGAUGCCGCUUAUCGCAAGGUUGCAGCGUGCACGUGUUGCUGACCAUUUUCUACGUUGCACCGCCUCUCCAGUUACCUUAACUGCGAUUUAA